CUGAACCAUCACCGCGACUCAAGCCGACGACUGCACCACUUCGCAUUCCGCACUUGUCCCCAGUCGUGACACUCGGUGAUGGCCCCCGUAUUGCGCAGUAUGACACCCAUCGUCGAGGUCGUUAUCAAAAUCCAAUUCAAAGGCGAGAGAGCGGGCAAGAUGGGCAUUCAGAAGAACGGAGAGCCUCCAACAGCGCAGUUCGCCCGAGAAUUGCACGUGGACUUUGAAGACGCGUCCAUCCCUCUGCCGGAAUCUUUCAGGACGUAUUGGCAAUCGGGACAAAUCCAAUGUGUCUGGCUUACCACUAAAAACAGCAAAAAAUAUUGCAGCGUUCUGCAGGGAUUCGACAACUACACGGGCGAUUCACACAAAAUCGAAGCAAACAGCAUAUCGUGGAUGUCCGUUAGCGUUGAUGGCGAUUGCAUCUCUCAGUUCUCAACUUCAAAGUUUCCAACACAGUCCACCGGGAAGGCGCCUCGGCCUCAAACUCUUAUAAACGCGGCCAGAAUGUCGACUUCGGUUCUCACUCGACCGAACCGGCCUCAGCCCCAUCAUACCUCCUCGUCUUCUAGUCUUCCGGUGAAACCUGAGCCCGCUGGAAGCCCCACGUGUCCAUCGCCUAUAAGCGCGUCUUCUACCAGUACGAUAGGCCAGCAAGAACCAUCCAUGCAAAAGCUGUUUAAAGCGGUCAAUCCCAGAAUCAGAGUGAGAAUGGGGGACGAUACAUGCCUGUCUUCUCCUUUUGGCUCCAUCUCUCCGACUCUUACCCUGCUUCCAGCAUCGAAUCCAACGCCCGCAAAAGGCGACGUCCCUUCCGCUCCGAAGCAGAUGCUGCUUCAUGCCAUCCAUUUACCGCGCGACUGGAAUACUAGUUCCGAUGUCAGGAACAUCCCUGGAACGCGAGAGGGCGAAGUGCAUGCCCUUACGCGUGAGCUGUGGGACGUCAGGCGGCAGAUAACUGCUCUAAAGGCGCGAGAAGACUUCAUUGACCAGAGGCUGAAGUACCUUGGAGCACCUGCUCUCACGUAUGGAGAAGCGUCCAAGAGCAACUCGCCCGAGCAUAAGCUGAAAACUGAGAACGACGAGCUCCGUACCCAAUUCGAACAGGAGGCAUCAGCACGAAAGGCGCUUGAAAAUGCGUUGCAGGAGGAACAGAGCCGGCGGCUGCACGCCGAAGGCAUAGUUGACGACGUACGGCGGGAAUGCACCGCGCCAUUCGUGGUCCCCUCGCUCGUCGAUGCGUUCAUGCGAUUGUCGCAGAUGACUGGAAAGGUCCUGGAGGGUGGUCUGGGAUCUUGAGAGAUACCUCGCUUCCCCACAACCAC